GACGAAAAAUAAGAAAAAACUGAAAUUAUUCAGUAGAAUUGAAACGAUACCCACUUCGUACUGUGUUUCUCGAGCUUGUCCAAAGUCCAACAAUGGCGAACAAACAAGGAGAAGUGGUGUGUGUGACAGGUGGCAGCGGCUACAUUGGCGGAUGGAUCGUUCAGCUCCUUCUCCGCCGCGGCUACACCGUCCACGCCACCGUCAAAGAUCUCGCGGAUGAGAGAGAAACGAAGCACUUGAAAGCCAUGGAAGGAGCUGAAUCCCGCCUCCGUCUUUUCCAAAUGGAUCUGCUGAACUACGGCUCCAUUGUCGCCGCCGUGGCCGGCUCCGCCGGCGUAUUCCACCUGGCUUCCCCCUGCAUCGUCGAUGAAGUUCGCGAUCCCGAGGGCGAGCUAUUGGAUCCGGCAAUUAAGGGCACGAUUAAUGUACUCACGGCGGCCAAAGAAUCUGGAGUUCGGCGCGUGGUUGUCACGUCUUCAAUAUCGGCAAUAGUACCCAGCCCUAAUUGGCCCUCCGAUGUUGUUAAGAAUGAAGAUUGCUGGGCUGAUGAGGAUUACUGCAGGAACAAAGGGGUUUGGUAUCCACUUUCGAAAACCAUGGCCGAAAAAGCUGCAUGGAAAUUUGCAGAGGAAAACGGUUUGGAUAUCGUUGUGGUGAAUCCGGGUACGGUGAUGGGUCCGAUUAUUCCUCCAGCCCUAAAUGCAAGCAUGUUGAUGAUUCUUCGCCUUAUUCAGGGCUGCACGGAAGAGUACGCAGAUUUCUUCAUGGGAUCUGUGCAUGUGAAAGAUGUGGCUCUUGCACACAUACUCGUAUACGAAAACAAAUCAGCAACCGGAAGGCACUUGUGCGUCGAAGCUAUUUCUCAUUACGGUGAUUUCGCUGCUAAAGUUGCACAACUUUACCCCGAGUACAAUAUCCCUACGUUACCUAAGGAUACUCAACCUGGAUUACUAAGGACUAAAAAUGCAGCAAAGAAGCUGAUUGAUUUGGGUCUGGAAUUUAUACCUAUGGAGCAAAUUAUUAAAGAUUCUGUUGAUAGUUUGAGGAGCAAAGGGUACCUUUCUUGAAUUCUUUGAUACUGCUCGAUUAAAUUUAAUCUUUUAUUUUGCAAACAAUUGCAUAUCAGACAAUGGAAUAAAAUAUGUAAGUGUAAAAGUUAUUGAUUUUUUGUUUUCUAUCAGAAUGAAUGGCUCCACAAAUCCGUCCAGGUACA